GCACGACUCCCAAGGACUGGCCUACUGCGGCGGCCGGAGGCGGUCACUCGUCUUGGGCUGGGGGCUGAGGCGAGAAGGCCAUGCUGCUGGCCAGGCAGUCGAAACCCCGCAGCCCGGCGCUCCUCUCUCGCGCGGCCACGGCUUGGGGGCCUCUGGACUAACCGCCGCCUUUGUUCCGAGCGCCUCGUCCCUCCCGUUGCCCCAGCCCCUCACGCUGCCGCGCUCCGGCCGGCCCGCCCUAGCUCCCUGAACCCACCUUCGGCUCGUGCCGCGCGGAUGCGGCUGCCGGGCCUGGGUUUGGGCUUUGAGCGGGAGGAGGAGGAGCAGCGGCGGCACCUGGGCGGCAUGCGAUGGGGAACUGCUGCUGGACGCAGUGCUUCGGGCUGCUCCGCAAGGAAGCGGGGCGGCUGCAGCGUGUAGGAGGCGGCGGAGGAUCCAAGUAUUUUAGAACAUGCUCAAGAGGUGAGCACUUAACUAUAGAGUUUGAGAAUCUAGUAGAAAGUGAUGAAGGGGAGAGCCCAGGAAGCAGUCAUAGGCCUCUUACAGAAGAAGAAAUUGUCGAUCUACAAGAGCGGCAUUAUGAUUCUAUUGCUGAAAAACAGAAAGAUCUUGAUAAGAAAAUCCAAAAAGAGUUAGCCAUACAAGAAGAGAAGUUAAGACUAGAAGAAGAAGCUUUAUACGCUGCACAGCGUGAAGCAGCCAGGGCAGCAAAGCAGCGAAAGCUCUUGGAGCAAGAAAGGCUGAGAGUUGUGCAGCGGUAUCAUCCUUCUAGUAAUGGAGACUAUCAAAGUUCAGGACCAGAAGAUGACUUUGAAUCUUGUAUGAGAAAUGUAAAGUCUCAAUAUGAAGUUUUUCGAAGCAGCAGACUGUCAUCAGAUGCCACAGUAUUGACACCAAAUACAGAAAGCAGCUGUGAUUUAAUGACCAAAACUAAAUCAACUAGUGGAAAUGAUGACAGUACAUCCUUAGAUCUUGAGUGGGAAGAUGAAGAAGGCAUGAAUAGAAUGCUUCCAAUGAGAGAGCGUUCCAAAACGGAGGAAGACAUUCUCCGGGCAGCACUUAAGUGUAGCAGCAAGAAGACUGGAAGUAACCCCACAUCAGCCUCUGAUGAUUCCAACGGACUAGAGUGGGAAAAUGAUUUUGUCAGUGCCGAAAUGGAUGAUAAUGGCAACUCCGAGUAUUCUGGAUUUGUAAAUCCUGUAUUAGAACUGUCUGAUUCUGGCAUGAAGCAGUCUGAUAUAGGUCAACAGACUCGAUAGGGUGAAAUUGUGUAACCUGAUUAUCCCAGUUAUGACCAAAUGUUAAAAACCAACUAGAAUGUAUAAAUGAUUGCAUUGCGCCUUUUUGUAAAGAGGAGGUUAGAAACCACAGUGUAAAUGAUUAUUUUGUUAGAAAGGAAUAGGAAUGAUAGAUCUGAAUUGCUUCAGAAUUAAGUGCAAUUUUAUCAUCUGCCUUCUGCUUUUCAAGACCUAUUUAAUGGUUUUGUCAUGUUAUCAAUUUCCUUUAUUUUAACUCGUUAUAGCAUUCCUGUUUACUCUUAUAGAUUUACAUAUUUUAAAAAUGUUCAUUACUUUUACUUCAAAUGCUUUACUAAUAAGCCUAUUCCAUUACUGUGAAAAUAUUAAAAGUAUUUUUUGUUAAUUCUCAGCAGAUGUGAAGGGAGCAUGACCAGGGAUUGUCAGAUUUAGAACAGUAUCCAUUUUCCAGCAUUAUUUACUUCUAUGACUUCUUUGGAUUUUAUUAACUAGUAUUAAGCACAAUUAAUUUGCAUAGAUGACCCUAAGAAAUGCUGAAAUAUCAGUUUCUUUCUGUAUUUAUUGUAUAACUAGUAUGAUGAUCUUGAUUCAAUCUGAACAAAAGAUAAAAACAAACUUUCAGAGUUUGGACAUUUAAAUUGGUAAUAAAAAAUGAUAUUUAAGGAAAUAUGUAUAAUUUAGGUUUUUCACUUCCUUUUACAUGCUACUAUAUUGACUUUAAAUUGAUAUAUUAAGUUUUUAGGUGUCAUUAUUUUUUAAAAUUCUAUAUUUCCAAUGAAUGAUCUUAGAUUUUACAGAACAUUCUCUGAAUGAUUUAAGAAAAGGAAACAUAAAAAGAGUAAUACGGGUAUUUCAAAGUAAAUAAAAUCCUUUCUGGUAUGAAAGGUUCUAUUGAUUUUAUUACACUUUUCUUUGCCUUGUAGUACAAGGUACUUCAAUGGGAUGGAACUAAGUCUAUCAAUAUGUAUAUAUAUAUAACUGCAUUUUGUGAUAGUUAACUUUCCUUCUCAUUGAAAUUUGUGUAUCAAUAUCAAAAGCCAGGGAUAUAAAACAUUCCCUAAUUGCUUUCUUUGAUUUUGCUGAGGAUGGAGUAUGAUUUAAUAACAAACCAAUUCUUUUUUUCCUUAGUGUAUUUUUCUUUUCUUUUUCUUGCAACACGUGCAUGUUCUCAAAAAUAUAGGAAGGUCCAGAUAUAAAUAGUAACUUAAAGUUCCUGCUGUAUUUAAAAAAAAAAAAAAAAAUCAUGUGGUCCUUUCAAUAUUUGAACUGCUAGGCAAUGAAUCUGUAGUUUUUUGUCCUUUUUUUAAUCUCAUAGAAAUAAAUAUGAUAAUUUAAUAUGUAAAUAUAAUACAUUAGGAAAUGCUUUUAUGUACAUCUGUCAAUAUAAUUUGAGUUGUAGCUAUGUCAUUGAAAAUAUUUUAAAGGUACUCUAUAUUCACAUUGCCUGUGUUAAUGCUUUUUAAAGUUUAUAUACAUCAGAUGUAUAUUUUUGGUUUGGCAUAAGCUACUAUUGUAAUUUUUCUUGGCUUUUUGUUCAUAAAAAAUUUUCUGAAGGAAUGGUAACUUCUCAAGGAUUGUGAAUAAACACAUUUUUACAUUUAAA